CAAAAUCAUAACAUAAUGCAGAAAAUAGAAAAGGUGCAAGUUCUGGAGCCAAUUCAAGAGGAGUCAGAGCAGGAAGAUGAAACUGUGGGAAGAAAAGAAGAGGAAGAAAAGGAGGUGGAAAAAGAAGAUGAGUUACCAUUUCAAGUGGGUGUAGAGACAGAGGAGGCACUGGCAGAAAAUGAAAGGGAAGAAGAUGACGUUCCACUGAUGGUUCGGAGACCAGGGAGGCGUUCUGGUUCUCGGAAAUUGGAGAGUUUGAUUCAGAUUCAAUUCAACGAACAGACGAAAGAAACUGAAACCUCUUCAGUGUCGGAUCCAAGCACUCAUUCUACUGAUCUAUGCGAAGAAACUGCACCUCUGCCAGUGCUUGGGUAUGAGAGGAGAUUAAGUAGUAGGAGGCUGAGAUUAAAGGUCUCCAAAACUAUGUGGCAAAAAUGUACAAAAUCACAUCAGCCAAAGAAGAGAAAAAGUUUAAGAUCCAAGGAGGUGCAGCAGGAGCCUUUUCCUCAGUGGCUUGUGAACCUGAUGGUCGACAUUGAUGAGGCAACAUCUCAUCAACUGGUGGUUGAGUAACAUUUGACUUGUGAGAAAUACGACUGCUUAAUGCAGAGUACAAUUUUCAGCUAAGUUUCCCUGUUAGGAUUGCCUGUGUUAGACUGUAAAUUUAGUUUGUGACAUGUAAGCUCUUAAGUUUGAUUUUUGUUUGGCAACAUCGGACACAUUGUUAAUGCCCUAGUUUACUUGGCACAAAUUUGUUUCUAUUUGUGUAGCCAAUUAAUUAUUAAAAUGUUGUAAGUAUCAACAGAUACUA